AUGUCUGCAACGGUCAAAGGCGCAAAAUCCCGAUCUGGUUGCAGCACGUGCAAAAAACGAAGGGUCAAAUGCGACGAAGCAAAGCCAUCCUGCAGAAACUGCGCUCACAAAAAUCUCAAAUGCCCAGGAUACGAGACUCGGUGGAAGUGGUCCACCAAACACGAACGGCAGUCAUGCCUCCAGAUUCAACGAGCUCCUGUUUUCAGCAAGCACAGGGGCGAGUCGUUCAACUCGAACGCUACUCCCGAAGCAAGCACCUUGCCACGCUCUCAUCAACGCGAGAGGGCAGGGACGGCUUUUAUCAACCAAAUCAAGCAUGCACAGCCCAUCACUGAGGAGCUUGAUAUUGGCAGCCCCGGCCAGAACGACACCUUCAGCUCGGAGUCAGAGCAGGCCUUGUCGAAUGAAGAAUGGGAUGCUGUCUUGUCGCUUUCUUUACGGGCGUCCACCCCUCCAAUUCUGUGCAUGUCGGAUGCUCCAGCAACACCUGGACAGGCCUCCCUAACAAAGUGCCAACGUUUGUGGCACUCUCCGGACAUCAUACUCAGCAACACACAGGUUCAAGUGGAUUUCUUCAUGCAGAAGAUUUGCAAAGCCUUGACCUCAUUUGACUCCAAGUAUAAUCUAUUCAGAACGCUAGCCACGUCGCGGACUACGGAGUCACUGUUGUUCUUCUCCUUGUUUCGCUAUAUUACUGCGGCUUUCCUAAACUCGAGUACUUUGGACGCUGCUAGUGCUCUAGUGGUGCAGAACGCGCAGACCGAGAUAUUGCAUCGACUGCACAAUGAGGUGGCACGGCUGAAUAGGCCGACGACGACAAACAUUGAGGACGUCUUGAUGGCUAUUAUCAUGUACGGUCUCACCACGAAUUGGGACGGAUCCAAUAGCCCUAGCAUCAUCCACUACAAUGCAGCUGUCCGGUUAUAUCUGCAUACCUACCGAAACGGCAUGCCAGUUCCGCGACAGAAGGGCUAUCAGGAGUUCUUCUUCAAUUCACUGGCAUACUGGUGGAUGGGCCUUUCGUUCAUCACAGACACCGGCCAGGAGUGUUUGUUACAACUCCCCAUCCCCGAGACUCGCAUUGGCAAUGACGACGAGACCGCAAGUCCGGCGAAGAGGAUCCCGCACCCUCUGGCUGGCGUAUCCCCCGAGUCGCAAAGGCUGCUUGGCAGCGUGGGCUCAUUGGUUUAUGGACAGAGGCUAAGGUGUCGUAAGAGGUCCUUCCCAAGCAUGAAUCAGCUGCGUGUGGAAUACGACGCAUUGCAAGAAGCGCAGAGCUUGGAAGAAGAAGCAUUAUCACUCAAGUUGCCAAAGGCCGACGACUUUGUCGACAUCAGUGAUAUCGACACCCCCAUACAAGACCUCAUCAACACCGCAGAAGUUUAUCGACUCGCAGCCCUCGUCUUACUAUAUCGAGCAUUUCCGGAUCUGCUCAACAGCAGACUGCGGCUCGGCGAAGAUGAAUAUGCUGCCGGUCAGUCCACAAAGGAGCGAAGACUGCUGUGGGUGACAGCGCUAGCCAUUCACGCCCUCGACAUCCUGUGCCAGAAUGCAGAGCGAUCGGGGACCCGCAGUAUCGAGCAAAUUCUGUUGAUCAUUAUCGGCGGAGAGCUAGAAAAGCGGACGUACUCACAGCCCUUUGACCCAACGGAGGAGAGCGAUAGUUCGAUCCCUGCACCAUUGAUGACGCGAUGGGGUCCACCUUCGCCCCUCACAAUAAGUUCUUUUGAUCAUUUUACGGUUUUACAUGAUUUGUCGGGCCGUGAUUCUCCCCGAAGUGUCACUGACACCCCAUUUUGCCAUCCUUCAGGGUCCGACCGGAUCGCUGGGGCUCGCAGGACGCUUCUUAAGCGGCUCCAAUCGAUCCGCGAGAUCUUGCCAUACAGAUCGCUUGAAAUUGUGCAAGAGCUCGUGCUCAAAACAUGGGACAUUAGUGAUAAUGAUGAUCCUGAAGUCUUCUGGAUGGAUAUUAUGAUUGAAAAUGGAUGGAAGUUCCUGCUGGUAUGA